AUGAUGGUUGUCGGUGUAGACCAGUUCUUCUACCUGCCGAAAACACUCGUGGCAGCGACGCCUCGGUGUGAUAUACGUGUAAGUGGUGACACGGUUGGUGUGGUGAUACAGGCUGACUCUUCCUUGGCUCAGAUUCGCCUGGCUACCCCACUGUUUGUUAACGAUAUUACUAUGUUUGUGCGGCAACGGCUGUGGGUUGAACUUGCUAAGGAGGCGUUGAUCGAAGAGACCUACUUGGCGGAGAUGGCUGGCUUGGCGACUGAGCUCACUUUUGCUGCACAAGGCCUUGAACUUCGGGUUUAUGGUUUUAAGGAUUCUCUGGCAACUCUGAUGAGAAACGUAUUGGAGGUCAUUCUCAACUUGAAGAAGGCUGAGGGUCUACUGGAGGGACGUUUUGGGGCUAUCAAGGAGGCUCUGGAACGACGGUUCUUCAAUGAGGACAUGCGUCCUAUUCCCUGCGCCUCCGCCAUUCGUAGGAUGACCCUCCUUUCACGCGGAGCAAUGCAUCGCGGCCUUACUAAACGAGCAGUACUUCAGGAGAAGGGAGUGGCUGACAGCCUCGAUCAAAUACUGGGAGACUUUGACAGUGCUGUGAAGCAACACGGUGUGAAGGCUGAGUGCCUCAUGCUGGGUAACAUCAAGAAGGAUUUCGUGGAGGAGGUGGGACUGCUUUCGACGAUCCUCUUUUCGCUAUCGUUAGUGGUGUUAGAUAGAAAGCAUGGUGGAGGCUGA